UGCGCCUUAUACGUUUGUGUCUACCUUCCCGUCGUCGAUGGAUUUUGCGGGCUUGAUUGAGAUAAAAAGCAAGUUUGAUGCUGAGUUUCGUCGAUUCAGCAUUGCAUCUACAGCCAUCAGUACUUUCCGGGAUUUCUAUCAACUUUUAGAAAGAAGACAUGGGCUUUACUCAAUUCCUUUUGUUAUUCAAUAUGUAGAUCCGAAGGAUAACGAUUUGCUCCCAAUCAAUAAUGAUGAAAAUCUUGCCCGAGCCCUAAAAGUUACUACGACCUUACUUCGACUUCUCCUUCAACGAAAAGGCGAAAGUUAUGGUGAAAUAAAUGGCUAUCGUUCCUCCUCGCAAGGAAUCCGAGGGAAAAAGGCGGCGGCUGAUCUGGUUAGAUCUAUGGGCGGAAGUGAAAGAAAGGCAAAUCAUGACCGUGCCAUUAGUUUACUAGAUGACUUUCGUAAGGUAUCAUCUAUCAUAGACAUCGAUAUUGUCCCUGAAACAAUGCGCCGUGUCCGCUUAAUCAGAUCUGAUGCGAAACCUCUUGGAUUUUUUAUUCGUGAUGGCGUCAGUGUUCGAGUUACUCCUACCGGUAUCGAACGUGUACCUGGUAUAUUUAUCUCUCGAUUGAAUCCCGGAGGGCUCGCUGAGAGUACCGGACUUUUAGCUGUAAACGACGAGGUUCGUAUUAUUAUAUAG